AUGACUGAAAAAAAUGUUCCAUGUUCAGAGUUGGGAGAUGUUCAUCUUGCAGAGGUAUAUUUACAGCAAAAAUCGAUCGGGGGUUCCGAGACAUCUGUUCAAAUGGGAGGCGGUGUUUUUACCGAUCGAGACGAAGGUACAAGUUUACAAAGCAUGGAAAGUAUUUUUAAAUACGCUAUAUUUCAUUAUAACCGUUUGGCUAAAGAUGCACAUAAUCUAACACAUAAAAUAAACUUACAAGCAGAAACACUAAAUUUAAUAUCGUCUGGAUCAACUUUGAAAACUGUUGAGGAUGUCUGCUCACUUAUACAUCAACGUCGUGUACAAGGCAUUUUUGGUCCACCAUAUAUUGAACUUGCAACACUUGCUCAUUCUAUAUGCUGUCACAUUAAUAUACCCUUUAUCAAUGUUUGUUCGAACUGUUACGAUCCGGAAAAUCUAGCUGGAGACGCCGAAGAGCAAUGGGACAAUGUAACAAGACAUGAUUGUGUGUCAAUCAAUUUAUAUCCGUCCAAUGCAGAGCUUAAUAUAGCAUUUCAUAAUUUAACACAUAAACUUCACUGGAAUAAAUUUAUCAUUAUAUACGAUAUAGAAUCAGGCUUGACACGUUUGCAAAGAGUACUUAACGAUCCUGGCUUAAAUCAAACUGAUAUUCUUGUACGACCAUUUACACAUAUUAAUGAUCGUAGUGCACUUCUUGACGCCAUUGGACGAGAAGUAUUUAAUAUAAUAUUAGAUUUAAAUGAUCUUCAUACACAUGCUGUAUUAAAAAUGGCUUUACAAAUGGGUAUGAUUAGUUCAAGUUAUCAUUUUGUAUUAACAACAUUGAAUAUUGAUUCAUAUGAUCUAGAAGAUUUUAAAUAUAAUUUUGUUAAUUUAACAGCAUUUCGUUUAUUUCGUCGUGAUGAUCAACGUGUAAAAUCAGCAAUGGACUCAUUUUUUGUAUUUAAAACAAUGCCCACAGAUGAUAUUAAUCAACGAUUAUUCACAACGUCAGUCGCAUUAUGGGUUGAUGCUGUACUUGCUUAUGCGUAUGCUUAUGAUAAAUUAAUCACAUCCUAUGGAGGUUUCCGAAAUGAAGCCAUACGUCCGAAUAUUUCAUGCGUUGAAGACAACAAAUGGCCAUUAGGCACAGAACUUGGUUUAAAAUUUAAUGAGAUAUCGUUUGAUGGUAUUACUGGAAUAGUAAAGUUUACGCCUUCUGGUAAACGAACAGGUUUCGAGCUUGAUAUUGUUCAUUUAACUGAAACUGGUUUAACAAAAAUCGGAGUAUGGUCGCGUGAACGAGGUGCCAAUUUUACAUUGAUAUCAUCAUCACGCGGAACUCUAUUCAACUCAACAUUGAUUGUGACGACUAUUAUUGGAGCUCCUUUUGUAAUCUAUAAACAUAGUGAAAAUGCAACAGUAAUAUUAAAUCAAACCUAUUCCAAUAGUGAAUUCGAAGGGUUUUGUAUUGAUUUACUUGAUGAACUUUCUCGUGAAUUAAAAUUCUAUUAUAAAAUUAAACCGAUUACAACAGGACGGUAUGAUGAUAUGGUGGAAGAAGUUAGAAAUAAAGUAGCCGAUUUAGCAGUAGCACCAUUAACUAUUAAUUAUGCUCGUGAAAAAAAAAUCGAUUUUACGAAACCAUUUCUCAGUUUGGGUAUUGCCAUACUCUUUAAAUUGCCUAAACCUGAAAAGCCAGGCUUAUUCAGUUUUCUCAGUCCAUUAUCACUGGAAAUUUGGAUAUACACAUUUGCUGCUAUAUUUACCGUUAGUUUUAUUCUAUUGCUAAUUGCUCGAUGUUCACCUGAUGAAUGGCGUAAUCCUUAUCCAUGUGAUGCUGAAUAUGAUUAUUUAGAAAAUCGUUUUACUGUCAGCAAUACACUUUGGUUUUCAAUUGGAACAUUAAUGCAACAAGGUUCGGAUGUAAGUCCAUCAGCUAUAUCAACUCGUCUUGUAUCUGGUAUUUGGUGGUUUUUUACUUUGAUACUGAUUUCCUCAUAUACGGCUAAUUUAGCUGCUUUUUUAACUGUCGAAAAACUUGUUAAUCCAAUUGAAAGUGCUGAAGAUUUAGUUAAACAAACAAAAAUAAAGUAUGGUCUUGUUAGUGGUGGUUCAACAGAACAAUUUUUUCGAGAAUCAACUAUUCCCGUCUAUCAAGCGAUGUGGAAAUUUAUGAGUAAUAAUCCAGAAGUAUUUGCAAAAAAUAGUCAAGAAGGUAUUGAUCGUGUCAAAAGUGAAUCCUAUGCAUUUUUUAUGGAAUCAACAUCAAUUGAAUAUACUGUACAACGUGAAUGUAAUUUAACACAAAUUGGUGGUUUACUUGAUAAUAAAGGCUAUGGUAUUGGAUUACCCGAAGGAAGUCCACAUCGAGAGCGUUUUUCUGAAAUAAUUCUUGAUUUACAAGAAAAAGGAAUUAUUCAAAAAUCUUACAAUAAAUGGUGGAAAGGUAAAGGAACAUGUUCAUCGGAUAAGAAAGAUUCAAAAGCGAAUCCAUUGGGUCUUACAAAUGUCGGUGGUAUAUUUGUUGUACUUCUUGGUGGUAUUGUUCUUUCAAUAUUUGUUGCUAUUCUUGAAUUUCUAUGGCAUGCACGAAAAAAUCAUGCCGAUCGACGAGUAAGUUUAUUCAUAAGAAUUCGUUUCCGAUUUAUCCUCGGGCAUUUCUAUAAUUAUAAUAAGAAGCAAAAAAAAUAUUUUCAGCAUUCUGUCUGGUGGGAAUUACUAAAAGAAGUUCGUUUUUCAAUUCAAUGUGGCGCUUCGAAUCGUAAAGCACUUGUUACUCGUCGUUGCUCUCAAUGUGAACAUGAUGCAGACCCGUGUACGUUAGCUCAUCAUCCCCAUCGUCGUUCAUCAUCAUUAGCAUCAGUUAAUUUUGGGCGUACAUCAAAAACUCGUACAACUAUAGAGAAAACGCCUGAAUUAGAUAAAUUUGACACUGUACUUAUGCUUGCGACGGAACAAAGAAAUCAUUCUGAUUCAUAUAGUAGACGACAUCAUUCUUCAAUGAGAUCACAACGAAAAAAAUCCCCGUCAUUGUUACUUGUCGAACAACAACCGUCAAAUCAUGUGCAUCGUAUUCAAACUCAACAGACCCCGCUCAAUAAAAAUCCAGAUUCAUCUGCAAAAUACGGCCUGAAAUCUCAUCGCGGUGAAGACGAUAAUGGAAAUUCUGCUGAUAUAAAUGCAUCUUUAAAUUCGAGUUUAUCAACAAACUCUCGUUUUCCUCUGCGUGUAUCUCGAUUGUGA